AUGUCUGAAGAAUAUUGGAUUAUAUCCGUUCCAGGAAAAUCAACGCCAAGACAAAGUUUUGAUGAAGUUGGUACACUCGAUUCACUUGUUGCACUUUCAGAUGAUCUUGCUAGACUUGAUACAUAUAUCGAAGGAGUUGCUAAAAAAUUAACACACUUUUUCUUUCAUGACAUUCUUAAUGAUGAUCGUAAUCGUCUUGCAGAAAAUCUUGUUGUUGGACCAAAUGGUUUUGAUCCAAUACGAUAUGUUACUGAAUUUCAAUGGGAUCAUGCAAAAUAUCCAACAAAACAAUCAUUAAAAAAUCUCUCAGAAAUUAUUUCAAAAGCAACAACACAUAUUGAGAAUGAACUUAAACUUCGUAGUCAAUCAUAUAAUAAUGUUAAACAAAAUUUAGAAACAUUCGAAAAAAAACAAACUGGUAGUUUAUUAACACGUAAUUUAAAUGACAUUGUAAAAAAAGAACAUUUUGUUUUGGGUAGUGAAUAUUUAAAAACUUUAUUAGUAUGUGUACCAAAAACAUUCAUAAAUGAUUGGUAUGCAAAAUAUGAAACAUUAUGUGCGAUGAUUGUACCACGUACAACGGAAUUAAUAAUACAAGAUCAAGAUUAUGCUUUAUUCACUGUAACAUUAUUUCAAAAAACAGAAGAUACAUUUCGACAUAAAUGUCGAGAAAAUAAAUUUACUGUACGAGAUUUUACGUUUGAUGAACAAGCAUUUACAACUGAACGUGAUAAAAUUCGAGAACUUGAAACUGAACGACAAAAACUUUAUGCUAAUCUUGUUCGUUGGCUUAAAAUUAAUUUUGGUGAAAUUUUUUCAGCAUCAAUACAUAUCAAAGCAUUACGUGUUUUUGUUGAAUCUGUUCUAAGAUAUGGUUUACCAGUAAAUUUUGUUGCUAUUAUUAUUCAUCCAACUCGAAAAUCAACGAAACGUUUGCGCGAUGUAUUUGAUCAAUUGUUCGGCUAUCUUGAUCAAUCAGAUAAAUCAAAAUAUGAUGAACCAAUUGAUAUUCCCGGCGUAUUUUCAUCACAACAAGAAUAUUAUCCAUAUGUUUAUUUUAAAUUAGAUCUUGAUUAUAUCGAUAUGAAUAAAAAAUAA